UCUUUCCUGGAGAACGCAACCGUGAACAACUCAGCUCAACGCAAACACGAAUUACUCACCAUCAAUCUUCACACGACAGUCACGACUCUCCGAGCGGCGGGCUGUCAUUAGCGACGCGAUAAAAUUAUGAUAUAAGAAUAACGACAUUUCCGCGGCCUCUUAGCGAUCCGAUUUUACGAUUGCGACACCGCGAUCAUGGCUGAAGAGAACGAUUUCUCGUCCUUUGACGAGAACGCCUGGAAGGCCCAGGACGCCGCCGACGACCGAGAAAUUGCGAAGCUGCUAGGAGACUCGCAAAACAACGGAGGCGGCAUCAUUCUCGAUAAUGUCGCGUUCGAUCAGUCUGGCAAGGCGGAUGAUGCAGAGGAUUACGAAGAUAUUAGUGACGAUGAUUUACCAGAUGAGGAGGAGCCCAGCGCUGGUGUCUCUAUGGAGAUGCCUGGCCUCACUGACGAUGGCGGUACCAGUCACGAUCCAGAUGAUCUCUUCGGAGAGGGACCUUCUUCACCAGACCCAAUUCUAGGUCCCUCUUCCCCAGCGCCUCACAUUCGCGAUGCCGAUACUACCGACGACACCCAACCCCUCGAUACGAGUCUGAGCUUUCCUGGCAUCAACUUCGACCCAGAGCCUCAUCUCGAUAAUCAAGAUCCCGACAUCCCCGCACCCGCCGAAACCGUCGAGGACCUUCUGAAAGCUACAUGGCCUGCUUUCAAGAAGGGGCAUGUCUUGACAUGGAGCGAACUCCUACCAGCCAAGAAAGCAACAUGGAAGGAGAAGAAACCCGUCAAAAAGCCUAAGCAGCUCGUCACCAGCAAACUCACACUUGAACUCGCUCCCGAUCAAGAGAAGCUGUUCCGCAUCCCGGGCACUGCAACCAUCACCCGCAAACCUAGGCAGGGCGAGGAGAGAGGUUUGGUUUACUGUGGUAUCGACCAAGAGGAUCAAGCCGAAGAUAAUGUCCAGUUCGAUCUCGAUCAAGACUCCGAUUCCGAAACGGUUGCUGGCUUCACCCUCCGUGAUAUUGAGCUUGCCUGCGAAGAUUGGGGCGCCAGCAUUGAGGCUAUCGAAGCUGAUUUCAAGGCUCGACAAACCGCCGAGCAGCAGGAACAGCAAGCACGGAAGCGAGUGUUUGAGGAGCAGGAUGACGAAUGGGAUGCCGAGUUUCUCAUGGACCUUGGCGACGACGGACCACCACGACCGAAGAAACGAAAGACAGUCAAGCUUGGUCUACCAGAGAUUCCCCGCUAUGCUGCCCCCUCGUUCGACAAUUUCGAAGACGCUACCCGCAGAGGCGCCAAGAGGGUGCAACUGGAUAUGAGCGAUCCUUACCUCCUUAUCGAAACACAAGAAACCCAACGAAAUGCAAAGCGACCCCGCACAGACAACAAGCUGAAGCGCAUGGCAAACGGCAACCUCGGCCGCGAUGUCUCCAACCGCUUCAACAUCUCGAACGACGAGGCAUACGAGGCUUUGAAGGAAAAUCACCAAAGCAAAGUCCGCGCUACGCUCGGCAACAUUUCUGUCGAACACAGCAUGCCUGCUAUCAAGCUCUCAUGGCCGUACUACAAAGUUAAGCUCGGUGGUACGACAGAUGAGUAUCAUCGUCCUCGCUUCAGGUACAAGAAAUUUGCUGGCCAUAUCAUCAAGUUUGACAAGCCUGCACACCAGAAGCGAAAGCAGAUGAAGGGCAAAGCGCACGAAGUCUUCCUCAAGUCCAAGGAUUUGAGUAUCAACGACAACUCUACCGCUGUUCUUUACGAGUACUGUGAGCAACGUCCACGAGUACUCAGCAGCUUUGGUAUGGGUAACCGCUUGAUCAACUACUACCGCCGAAAAGACACAAACGAGGAUGAGCAACUACCCAAACAAGAACUUGGAGAGUAUCGUAUGCUUCUGCCUGAAGAUCGAUCUCCCUUCUCCCUUUUUGGUACCGUUGACCCCGGUGAGACUGUACCAACAUUACACAACGAGAUGUACCGAGCUCCUGUCUUCAAGCACAACCCAAGAGGGAGUGACUUCUUGGUUGUACGCAGCACUACCGGAGAACAAGGUUCAAGAUGGUUUCUCCACAAGAUCGACCAUCUUUAUGUCGUUGGUCAGCAAUUCCCUUCAGUCGAGGUUCCAGGACCACACAGUCGCAAGGUUACGAAUGCCUCGAAGAACAGGAUGAAGAUGCUCGCGUUUCGCAUGAUAAGACAUAGCGAUACCGACAACUGUCAACUGUCCGACAUAACCAAGCAUAUUGCCGACUCAACCGAUACCCAAAAUCGCCAGAAGCUCAAAGAAUUCCUGCAGUACGACAGAGAGAGCGGUGAGAAGGGUAUGUGGCGACUGAAACCUGGCGAAAUACUACCUGAUGAGAGUACGAUUCGUUCCAUGAUUAAGCCAGAGGAGGUCUGUCUACUUGAUGCUAUGCAACUUGGUAUCAAGGAGCUUGAGGACGCCGGAUACGACCCUCGAAAUGCUUCCCUUGAUGAAGAUGUUCAGAACAACGAUGCGGAUGGGGACGACGAUGAUGUCGAGGAUGAAGGCAGCAAGAUUGCCAAGGGCGCCAAAAAGCAGCAAGAGAAGCAAGAAGAAACUCUUGCGGACAAGAUGGCCCCAUGGAAGACAACCAAGGCUUUCAUCGAUGCAUGCGCUCAAAAAGCCAUGCUUCAACUUCAUGGUGAGGGAGACCCGACAGGCCACGGUCUUGGUUUCUCCUUCAUUCGAACCUCCAUGAAGGGCGGAUAUAUCGAGGCAGUUCAGGGACCGCUUGCUACAUCUGCAGAUGCUAUGGAGCGUGAAAAGCGAGCUAAUGGUGGCCACGCCUAUAAUGUCAAAAAGCAGCAAGCAAUGUACGAGGAAGGUAUUCGAGAAAUCUGGGAGAAGCAAAAGACUACACUCUCAGAUGGUCAAGAGCAUGACGACAAAGAUGUUGCAGUAACAGAAGACGAAGAUGACAGAUUCAACGUUCAGUCAGCCAUGACUCCAGCCCAGUUCGACGACGGUACUAGCCAAAUUAGUGGUUUGACUUCGGCAAGUCGACAGCAACGACGCGCUAUUCGCAUAACCCGAGAGAUCCGAAUGCCCGAUGGCAGUACGCAAGACCGAGUCGAAGUCGUUCACGAUCCGGUUGUGAUUUCGCAGUAUAUGAAGCGGCGAACAGAGGCGGAUCUUGAGAUGAGAGAGUACGUGCACCCACCCAACUCGCGCCAGACAGUCCAGCAACCACAGAGCAGGGGAGCCGUGGCAAGAAAACGCCGACGAACUUACGGAGUCGGCACCCCUGGCUCAAGAAAUGAUAUUGUUGGAUUGGAGUUUAGAGCACCGGCUUACGUGUAUCUUUCAACAGCAUCUACAGCUCCCGUCCUACAGGCAAUGCCGACCAUGACCGUCUUGCAGGCAUUAGAAUCAAGAAGGAGCUCGAACGACUCGAGAAGAACAAAGCUCGAAGACAGGCUCGAGAACAGCAAAAAGAGCUCCACCAAAAAGCCAGCACAGGAGAUGCCGGGUCACCCAGUGUCAAUGGUGAUAAAGUCCCAACUGGAACAACCCGCAAGUGUGCUAAUUGUGGCCAAGUCGGCCAUAUCAAGACCAACAAGAAGUUAUGUCCACUGCUUAACGGCACGAUGAAAGCGGACAAUGGCGCUGCUGAGCACGGAGGCUUUGGUAACUACAAUGCUCCAGGAGGCGCUGCUGGAUCGCCCAGUUAGAAAUCGAAUACUGCUUUUAAUACGCGAGCUUGAUCACGAUCAGCCGAAACCACGACGUCGACUUUUCAAGAAUGGUUAGCUGAGAUAGUUUUAUUGUUAGCACGAAGGGGAAAAGCAAUGGCUCUACUAUUCUUGGUUUUAUGUUACUUCAACAAGGCUUCGGGGAGGGAAUGGGCUGUACAUUAAGGAAGCUCUGGUACAUACUACCGAAACCAGAGGCUGAUGGCAUUGAAAUGGAGUUUGGGAUCCUUGUUGCUUCACGGAAAAGGCUGGCAUGGCAACAGCAAAGACAUUGCAUUGACCUAGACUGCGUUGAUAGUUCUUCUGGCAAUAUGCUAUUAAUAACAUCAUUUGAAACAUUAA